GUCACCUCACCUCCUGGCCCUGCCUGCCCAGUCCGCCUUCACCAUCGUGACUCCUCCAAACCUGCCGGCACAGACAACAGCCAGACCCGGCCGGGAAAGAUGCGAGCAACCUCGUAAUACGACCCCAAGUGCUGCAAGCCCAGGGUCACUUUUGAGCAACUCGACGAGUUUUCUUCCCUUUACCGCCCAACCCAAUGUUUGUUCCUGUCAUCCUUGAUAACUCCGGCCGCAUGGCGGGAACGAAAAUGCGGCGAACCUCGGGAAGAAUCUACCUAAUUCUUUGUUUUCAUUCUUGUUUGCUUUCGAGUAGUCCGUAUCGUAAUUUCGACUCAACAUGUCUUCUAUCUGGUGAGGGGGGUUUUCAAGGGUUUCCUUCCUUCUUCCCCACGCCCCCCUCCCCCCAUCUCCCUCCAUCAAACAAGGCUUGUUCGAGGCCUACCUUACCGACAACCACCUCAGACCUGUACACCCUCAGGGAAUGGUAUAAUCCCUCAGGGACUGGUAUACUCCCCCAAGCCAACAGGGAAAACAUCAAGUUCAGACCGGAUUUCAUCCGAGUUGCUUGCCAGACAUGUCUUAGUCGACGACACCACACCACAUUCCCCAUCUCCCAUUUCCCAUCCCGCCAGUCGCUAUCCUCCAUCCCGCUGAUCCAUCAUUCAAUCUCCCGUCCUCCCCCAGAUUGCCACCCGACUAUGAAACAUUCCGAUGUCCCAUCGACCGCAACAACAUGUCAGUCGGGUCUGGCGCGCGCGUAUACACACUUUUCUCUGAAUCACUGGACCGGCCCGCGAACCAGAGAUGCAUAUGAAAUCUGAUGAAAAGCGGAGUCUGCAUUGGGCCGGUGAAGGAUUUCUACGAAUAGAACUGCGCCAACUCCACACCCUUCGACCGGACACUCGUCUGCAAGGACACCUGCAGGACCCUGUCCAACGGUGCACAUGGCGGAUCGACACAGCUCGAGCCAUUCUCGACCAAGACGAUGUGUUCAAGUUUUGCAAACCAU